AUGUCUAAAUCCCAGAAAAACGACGUCCCAACAGACAACCCUCCUUCCUACGACGCUCUCUCCAUCCCGGCUCCGACAGGAGUGCAAGCAGGCACAGCACCUCCGCCCGGACGGCGCCCCCUCCGCCCUCCGCCACCGUUAGAACUCCCCGCCCUUAACCUUCUGCGAAAUAAGCGCACCAUUCUCGCCUCCCAAUCGCCUCGCCGGAAACAGCUCCUUGCCCAGAUCGGACUACAUAACGUCGAGAUAAUCCCUUCGAAAUUUGAAGAGAACCUGCCCAAGACACUGUCCCCGUUCGAGUAUGUCCUGGCGACUGCGACACAAAAGGCACUGGCUGUUUAUAAGCAGGAGGUGAACAAUGAAGAAAAGGGGGAGCCUGGAUUGAUUCUUGCAGCGGACACGAUUGUUGUGAGUUCGCUGGGAGAAAUAUUGGAGAAACCCACGAGUGAGGCACAUCACAUCGCCAUGUUAAAGGGCCUGAGGGAUUCGAGGGUGCAUAAGGUCUACACCGCCGUAUGCGUGGUUACUCCCCUUGAAAGCGCAAGAGAUCCCGGCUAUGCCAUCGAGACCGCCACGGAAGAAACUACCGUGAAAUUCGACUCUGAGGUCACAGACGAAUUGCUUCUGGCAUAUGUAAGGACCAGGGAAGGGGCGGAUAAAGCGGGCGGAUACGGGAUACAAGGGACCGGGGCGAUUCUGGUGGAGAGGAUAGAGGGCAGCUUCGACAAUGUGGUUGGCCUCCCAUUAAGGACGACAUUGAAGUUGAUCGAGAAGGUCAUGCAGCAGGCAGAGGAUGAGGAUAUCUUGGAGGGUGAAGGCGAGGAUUUGCUCGAAGAUGAGUGA